UCUUUCUCUCUCACAUGCACACACCACCCCUUACACAAUCAAAGCACUCAAAAAAAUAAGAACUCCUCAACAAACAAUCCUUCCUUCCUUUCCCCCAAUCAAUCGUAUGAUGUGAUCAACUCCCACCACCUUCCACCUCACGUCUCUUCCUUCUCCCUCUCCCACACUAUAAAUUACCAUAUAACGUUACUUCUAGAUCACUAUAUCUAUUCUUCCAUAUACCCUCCAUCGAUCCCACCUCCCUCGAUCAUUUCAAUUCAGUACGUCUUGAUAUAUACACAUUCUAUUUGGACAUUAUACAGAUGUGUGGUUGCCUUGUUGGAAUACCCCAGUUAGAGUUCUUCCAAUAGAGUUUUAUAAGUAUGGGAGAUAACAAUGUGAACUUGCCUCCCGGUUUCCGGUUCUACCCAACUGAUGAAGAGCUUGUUGUCCACUUCCUCCAUCGCAAGGCCGCCCUCUUGCCCUGCCAUCCCGAUGUCAUCCCGGAUCUCGAUUUGUAUCCAUAUGAUCCAUGGGAACUCGAAGGAAAAGCUUUGGCUGAGGGCAACAAGUGGUACUACUUUAGCCGGAGGACACAAGACCGGGUAACCGAUAACGGGUAUUGGAAGCCAUUAGGAGUCGACGAGCCAAUUGUCACUAGCGCAAACGAGAGAGUUGGAAUGAAGAAGUACUUUGUUUUCUACGUUGGGGAGGCUCCGGGAGGUAUGAAGACCAACUGGAUCAUGCAUGAGUACCGCCUCUUCAGCGGUGGUGGCCCGAGCACCAGCAGUGGUGGUCGUUCAUCAUCUAAAAGAAAAGGGAAUACGAGGACGGAUUAUAGCAAAUGGGUUUUGUGCCGGGUCCACGAACGUGAUGGCGAUGGCGAUGCUGGCGACGGCGAUGGGACAGAUCUCUCGUGCCUAGACGAAGUUUUCUUAUCGUUGGACGACCUUGACGAGAUAACAAAUUAAGGAGAUAAGUAGGAAAGAAAAGCUGAUAGCGAGGCUAGCCAAGGUCUCUCUCUCUCUCCCCCCUUCCUUCUCUCUCUAUAGUCUCUACAUUCAUUUGCAAAUGUACUCAAAUUAGAAUUAUGGUAUGUUGAUUGGUGAAUUCUUGUAGCAACAAUCUCAUAAAACAAGCUAGAAUUCCUAAUUAAUGCAAAAUCUUUAUUCAUA